AUGGCGAGUCAGGGCUUGCGAGUGGAGGACCUGGCCCACCUGUCAGACCAGCCAAAGCAGCUGGCCUCUGCCAGGAGGUUGGGCCUCACCUCCCAGGCCGAGGUGGUGGUGCAGCGACUGCUGAGCUACACGGUGACGGGCUUGGAGUUGGGACUGCAACUGGGCGCGGAUUUGACCGCCCAGCUCACGCCCCAAGACGGCGAGCUGAGCGUGCAUUGGGCCGUGACAACGUUGGACAAGGGCGAGGAAUCGGCCUACGGCACCGCCGCGAUCGUGCGGGCCAUGCUGUCAGGCGCAAGCCGCAACGCCCUCAGCGCGGCGUACAACUCCGCCGCACAGGUGCCCAGCGGAAGCCGAAGCCCCGUGUCGGUGGCGACUUCGGUGCUUGUGGCGGUACCUGAGCUCCAGGCCGAAGAGAGCUGCCGCGUCACGCGCGCCGUGGCGGCUUUCUUGGGCCUCAGCCGUGCAGAGGCCGCCCAAAGUGGCGCUCUUGCAACUGGCAUCGAUUUGGUGGUCUUUGCCCAGGUGGCUCAGCUCUCGCUGGAGGCACCUUCCCCGGCAACGCUGGCCGCCGCGGUGGCGCCAUUCCUCCCAGGUGCGAGUGGCAUGCAGCAAGUGAGCCUCGCCUUUGGAGCCGCCCUUGCGCAUGGCCUCGGCCUGCAGGAGGCGCUGGAAGCCGCCUUACUCUCUCUUCCGCCUCCGCGGUCCGCGCGCGACCUGCUUGUGCUGGCGCCGCUGGCGCACUGCGCUGGUGCUUGGCUCUGGGAGCUGGCGCCAGCACUGGUGACGCACCUUCCAAGCGACCCGCUCGCUGACGCCAAGGUCUUGGCCCAGGCGGCCAAAGCUAUGGGCGAGGAGGGGUCUGGGCCAAUCUUCCAGGUCACCGUCCUCCAGAGCGCAGUCGCUCUCUCCAACCGCCGCACGCAGGGAGACAUCGGGCCCUUCUUGACACGCUUUUCCUUUCCCACCUCCGCCACGGCGUCGGUGGUGGGACACCGUGCCGCGCAAGCCUUUCAGGGCGAUGUGGGGGCCUUGGCGCAGGAGGUCGUCCAGCUUCUAGCGGCUGAAGGAGGAGCUGGAAGUGUCGACCUGAAGGAGCUGGCCGCAGCGGCCUACUUUGCCGCCAUUGGUGCAGGACUGAAUGCCAGCAUGGCCGCGGCCACCGUCUACGCCGCCGUAGGGCAGCAGUCCCCGGCAUUGGCUUCCGCAGCGGGUUUGCUGGCGGCCACUUGGCCCUCCAGGCCCGGCACGGGCUCCACCUCUGCGGCAGAAGCCACCAGUGCAGUGCUCCAGGCCUUUGCAUCCGCGGAGGCCAGCCUCGAUGGUUGCUCAGACACUAGCGGAGCCAAUGCCACGACGUGUGCGCCUCGCCCGGACCAGAGCUGCGGGCUCCAGGUCAGCUUGGCGGCCGGCUUGAACUGCCAGAGCUUCUGCCAGAGCGCGUCCUUCGCGCCGCAGCAGUGCCUGUCCUUCGCUUUCGGCACCUGCGCCAGUGAAGAUGUGCCCUUGGACUGCAACUACACCGUGACAGAGCAGGAGACCUCUCCACGUACUCGAGCGCCCUUUGCGUCUGCAGCGGCGCGCGGCGCGGCGUCUACGCCGCGGCGGAGCAUGCGAACCGCCUGGCGCGGCUCAGCGAGGACAUGGAGACCCUCAGCUUCCUGGGCCAAAGGGCCUUUGAGGUGA